AGUGUGUGUUUAAUUACUUCAUCAACUAGAGUUGGUGCGCUUCGUGUAACUUGUGAUUAUAAUGUCACAGCGUUCGCCACUGUGGAUUCGCAAACUACUUUAUUUGCAAGGUCAACGUUUUUUGCAUGGUCACCUGCGGAUUGCGUUGAACUGCAGAGCAGUAUUAACCAACAGAUUAGACUCGGAAAAUGUAUCCCGGAAGUACUAGCCUUUCAAAAAACAUUGUCCUGUGACCCUUUCGCUGCUCAGCUAGAUACAACUAUCGUUACCAACCUUGAAUCGAAGUCAUUGGAAUCAAUCUCAGGCAUUACCUCAAACAAAAAUGUUCCUGGCGUCUCGGUGAAGCUUUCAAUUCAAAAUUCCAGUUUUGCCUUGGAUAGCGCCGUCGGGGUUGUUGCUUCUUCCUCGACAUCGGAGUACAUGCACAUCGACUCGAUCAGUUAUCGCCUUCUUAGGUACUUGGAGCUAAAGCCUAGCCUUAUUGGCUCAGCAUGUGAUAAUGAUGAACCUGUAGCUGUUUGCGACGUCUUAUUUGGUGUCAUCCGUCCUGCAGUAACUGGCGAUAUUUAUUCGGAUCGUGUCGUUUUGCCUCUGCCCUUUUCGUCAAUAGCCGAUUGCAUUUGGACAACUGAUAAUGCCUAUUUUUCAUGCCGUUACGACGUAGAAGUUAGCAUUGCUACAUCGUUGGAUCCAAUUGUCACCACCACAGAUGCUAACGUAGAGUGUCCCCCCAUCAUCCUCAAACUACCAGUUUCCCUGGUGCCUCCGACGACAUUCGACGAGGCACCACUACCUGCCUGGACGUCUCUGUGCCUAGUCGCUCUUGCUGAUGACGACCUGGACUGGCCCUCUUUUAGCGCUUUGCAUGAGUUUGUUGGAGUCCAGAACGCAAUAUUUGCACCCUGCCAAACUGUGAAAAUUCCUGGUGGUUUACGUGGUCCUGCUGGUCUAAACCCAACUUUUGUCCGAGAUUCUCCUGUCGCGCUGUUACUGUUCGAACCAGCCGAUUUUCUGUUUGACAGAGUUGCUGUGGUUUCCUCUGUCGUGCGUCCUUACCAGCUGCCGAUCUAUCAAGGUGACUUCGAUGAGGCCAUCGGACCAACCCCGGCAUCGCCUCUCACUCCUACUUCCAAGUGCAACAAGGCUAGCAUCACGUAUUUAGUUGAGCGGUUGCGUUUGCGUUAUCAACCGUAA